GACCACCAUCCGAGGAAGUCAAUAGCCCUCCGAGUCCAACGGAUGCUGUCCCUCGACAGGACAUCUCUCAAUCUCAGCUUCCAUCGAGAGUCGAAAUGGCUAUUCCCAGAGUCUCCUCGCGAAGCCGGCUCAGUUCUUGGUUCAGGAAAAAGGUCAAGAGAAGAACGGUAAACAUCCUGGCCAGCUUCAAACGGAGUAGCUCUAGUCUUUCAUGCUACGAUGAUUUUGUCCUCGACAUCACCGGAUCAAAUACGAUUAUACUUCCCCCUUUGCUUGUGUUAGAGCAUUCUGCUGGAAGGUCUUUUGAGGAAAUAUCAUUCGUUUGGUCGGAUCGGACUCCAGGAGAAGCAGUCGCAAACAAGGGAAAGGUUGAUGGAGCGUUGUCCCGGUCAGAUUCACAUGGAAUGACUGCCGAUGAUCUUCGGUAUGCUCUUUUCCGUCAUGGUGAAAUCGAUUCGGAUUGGGAAAAGAAAUUUCUUGAGCCUUACGAUUUUAUCUUGGUACAACAAGUUAUGGACCUCUUCCAACUGGAAAUGGACACCACUUCCAAUGACCUCAUUGAAUGGGCGUCUUCAGUCGGAAUCGACGCAUCGCCUUCUCUUCUAGAGAUAUAUCGAAAGAAAUGUCUGCAAUUCUCUCGUCGUUUGUCAAAAAAAUAUCAAAUUCUACCCUCCUCUAUGAUUCUUCGAGAAAUCGAGCGAGAAGGUCAAAACCCAGUUGGUGGUGGGGGGUUUGCAGAUAUAUGGCGUGGAGCUGUGAACAAUCAGUCUGUGUGUUUGAAAGUUUUACGACUGGUCAUCGAACCGGACGAGGAAGUUCGUCAACGAAUUCGGAGGCAAUUUUGCAACGAAGCGCUCUUAUGGAGACAACUCAAGCAUCCGAACAUUCUUCCCUUACUCGGUGUCAACGAAGAAAUCUUUUCACCUUCUUUUUGCCUAGUCUCUCCCUGGAUGGCAAACAAGGAUAUCAUCACUUAUCUGAAAGGGAAUCCCACCCAUAGCCGACACAAUGUGCUUACAGAGAUCGCGGCAGGUUUGGCGUAUCUUCACUCAAGAACUCCUCCUAUUAUACAUGGCGACAUUCGAGGAGCUAACAUACUGGUGACAGACGACUUUCAUUGCUGCUUGGCAGAUUUCGGUUUAGCAUUGGUUACUGCGGAUUCCAGAUCAUGGUCUACAGCGACUACGAGUACUGGCAUGAAAGGGGCAAUACGUUGGAUGGCACCUGAGCUCAUCUUUGAAGGCCCACUGGCAGUCGACGAACACCCACACCAUACUUCGCGAGAUAUUUAUGCAUUUGGCUGUACUGUUGUGGAAAUUCUAACGCUGAAGGUUCCUUUUCACGAUCAAAGAACUGAUGCCGCAGUGAUCUACAGUUUGAUGCUGGGAGAACGACCUGCUCGGCCACAAGAUGUUUGGUGUCCAGAUACAAUCUGGGACCUCACGACUCGCUGUUGGACAGAAAACCCGGCACUUCGCCCAUACGCUGAUGAUAUUCAUGGAGCUUUGUUGAACAGCAAAUGGGUAUGGAUACAUUCUUUGGUUGUUUGAACAGCGGUUGUGCCUAGUGCUCGGACUUCAAUUCUCAUUGCGGGG